AUGCCGACGUCGCAUGUUUUGCCGGAGUCCGAGCAGUUGCUGCAGGAUAUAGCCGACUGCUUGGGGAAGGCAAAGAAGGUCCUUGUGGUGACCGGUGCUGGCAUCAGUACCAACUCUGGUAUCCCCGAUUUCCGAUCUAAAAAUGGCCUCUAUUCUCUCAUCCAAGCCAAAUUUGAAGCGGCUGCAUGUGCCGACUCCACAGAAGUUGAGUCGGAAAGUGAUAUACCCGCCAGCCAGGAGCCACCUACCAAACGGCGAAAACUCCGGGUAAAGGACGAGGGUACACAAGAAGAGCUGCCCCAUGGUACCAGCCGUCGUGGCUCCAAUAAGAAAGAAACAAGUCUUUCCGACACCGUGGUGGAAGCUGGUUCGACAAUUCACGUAGCAGUACCUGCUUCUCAGUACUCGGACGUUGGGACAAUAUAUUGUGCGCCCGACACAUCUGAUGGCGACCAGUCGAUCGUGGUACGACUACCGAAUCGAACUCACCGACCUGCAGAUACUCUAAGCACGCCGGCGUGCCCUCUUCCAAACGAGUCUAUUGUGAGAGAGUCAAUAGAGUGCAUAGGAGAACCGGCUUGCAAGUUCGAAGAUGUAUCGUCACACCUCCCGACCUCAUCACCGCUAUCGUCACCGCCACCUAUCCUUUUCGACCCAGAGGAUGAAACUUUUGGCUCCGGGGUGUCCACUUCUUCCGACUCUGACUCGGAAACGGACGAGGCCACCAGUCCGUCACAUCCCUCCCUCUCUACACAGUCAUCGUAUUCUAGUCGCAGCGGUUUGCCAAACAUGAAGGGGCGCGAACUGUUCGAUGCGUCUAUCUGGGCCGAUCCUUUGAAAACAUCAGUCUUUUAUACAUUUGCCACGACUCUCCGGCAGAAGGUCAAGAGCGUCAUACCAACCCCUAGUCACCAGUUCAUCUCGAAUCUACGCGACACCGGAAAGCUUGUCCGGUGUUACACACAAAACAUCGAUGAGAUCGAAGAAAAGGUGGGCUUGACGACAAGCUUGGUGUUGGGACCAGGCAAGAAGGGCCGGUUUUCGACACGGACAGCGUCCCGGGCCUCUACUGGUACUGGCACCUCUACCCCCCAGGAGCAUGAAGCCGGAAGCCAAACACAGGGGCAGAGUCAGGCUCAGGCUCCGGUUCAGAUCCAGGUCCAGGGCCAAGGCGAUACCCUACAGGCGCCUGGAAAGGCCACCGCAAACCAAGACCCCCGUAAUCGUGGCGUCGAGUGCGUAUUUCUUCACGGAUCGCUUCGUAUGCUUCGAUGCUUUCGAUGUGGCCACACCACUCCAUGGGACGAAAAUGGCCGAGAGAAUGAGACGUUGUCGGGACGGCAGCCUAGCUGCCCGCGAUGCGAAGGUGCCACAGCUGCGCGUGAAGGGCGUGGAAAGCGCGCUCUGGCUGUAGGAAAGCUGCGCCCAGACAUUGUUCUCUACGGCGAAGAGCACCCGAAUGCGCACCUAAUUUCGCCAAUCGUCCAGCAUGAUAUUUCUCUAGCUCCUGAUAUUAUGCUCAUCCUGGGCACAAGCCUGAAGGUACACGGGCUCAAGGUUCUCAUACGCGAGUUCUCCAAAGCAGUCCACAGCAGGGCAGGCAAGGUUGUGUUUGUGAACCUAACGAAGCCCUCUGAGAGCGUCUGGUCCGACGUGAUCGACUACUGGAUACAGUGGGACUGUGACGCAUGGGUACACGACCUGAAAGAGAGGAAACCGGCACUUUGGCUACCGCCGGGGUCCGCUGCAGAGGACGCGAAAAAGAAACGCAAGAGCUCUAGCAAUCGCCGCAGCAAAGACGAAAGCCAGCCACAGGAACAGGAUAAAACACCGAAGGAGACCGACGACGAGAAGGCGGUUAUGGAGCCAAAUGGGAAGGAAGACGAAUCGGGAAAGAUGCUGGCAAAGACGGAGAAGAGGGCAGCCAACAAGGAUGAAUCAGAUGAUGCGAAUACGGCUGACCGGCUGCCCAAUCCGGAUGCAGAGCGGCCGCUGUCCGUCGGGGACGACACUGCGAACGGGGCCUUUGUGGUUUGGAAGAUCAUGAACGAGUUUGCACGUAUCUCGGGCCGGCCAGAUGGAGACCUACCGAAGGUGAAGAAGGCUCGUGCAGGGUCUGGCCGGAGAAAGCCGCGACACUCUGCUCCAGUUGGACUGAUGGGGGGCGAGCUGCAAAUCAUACUGGAAAGCCAAGCAGGCAAUAGCAUGGGCAAAGUGGGACGUGUAGGACAGCUGCAGGCGGAAGAAGGCCAAGAAGCGCCCCAGCGAAGCGGACCUUUGCCAGUUGCGGCAAGCAAGGCGUCUCCUGAUGCAGUCAGCGCCGAAGUCCACACCGCCCCGCCAGCCAAGACGACAAGCACCCGGACUACAAGCUCGAAAGUGGUGAAGCUAAAAGUGGAAGACUACUCGAUUCUCUCUGCUGUGAAGGCCAACCCUCGACGAAGGCAGUCUAAGAAGCUCCUUGAGGCGCAGGAAACAGAAGCCCUUCGAAAAACGGGUCGGCGAGGUCGACCUUCAGAUCCCGAGCAAGAAAAGAAAGCGACUAGAAGGCGGGCUAAGUCAAUGGGUGCGUUGCCUGGGACAGCGACGGUCGAAAGUGAGCAGCAGCAGCAGCAGCAGCCGGCUUGGACGGAGACCGAUAAGGUUGCCGAGAAGCUCUGGGCACAGCUCGCGAAGCCGCCAGGUCGAGGGCCAGCCAGCCUUCCGACAGCUAAUCCGACGGGUGGCAAGUUGCAAGGCGAAGCGGAAGCAGAGGCCUUUGCGAUAUCAUCUGCAGCUAUGCCGCCGCUGAAGCCGAUUUUGGGAAACGUGUUCUUUUUUCAGGAUCCGCUGUACAAUAGCUACGGGUUUCCACCGCCUUGGCCGCAAGUCUGGAGCUGUAACGAACAAGUGCGACGGGAAGCUGAUGAGCACGGCAGAGGUGGCUGA